AUGGCCCUGCCCGGAGACGCCACCACGGAGUCCCCAGUGGGCGUAGAUUUGAGCCUCUGCUCGACGCUCGAGCGAUUGGACAUUUUCCUGGGUCCGGAGCUCGUGACUGAGGGGCAGUCGCUCGACAAACUCAAGGCGAUGCUCGACUCAUGGGAUUCCGAAGUUCCUCGCCCACGCAUUCAUCUCGUUGCAUUCCAUGGAGCCCACUUUACUCGGUAG